AGAUCAGUGUUGAACAGAACAGAGUGCACAAUAUCUACAUUGAUUUCUUAAUACAGAGGCGAUUCUAAUUCAAAUCCUUGGAAAUCGUGGACUCGAUAAGCAUUCAUCGAAACGAUUUUGAUCCGCUGAUUUUAAUUGUUUGUAAGAAAUGGAUGUGACUAUGUUCGAACAUGAUUCCAAUUUAUUGUCCCAAUCCAUGGAUUUCACAAGAAAGCGAAGAAGCCGGAGGAACGGAAGUAGAAGCAUUGCGGAUACACUCGCAAAAUGGAAGCACUUGAAUGGUCAUUCACCGGUGCGCAAAGUGCCGGCAAAGGGGUCAAAGAAAGGGUGCAUGAAAGGGAAAGGUGGGCCGGAUAAUGCUCGCUGCAGCUACAGAGGAGUCAGGCAGAGGACAUGGGGUAAAUGGGUGGCCGAGAUCCGGGAGCCGCAUAAGGGAAGCAGACUGUGGCUUGGCACGUUUCCCACAGCACGCGAAGCCGCUCUCGCUUAUGAUGAGGCAGCAAGAGCAAUGUACGGCCCCUGUGCCCGGCUUAAUUUCCCCGGCCAUGAUCCAUUGGAUGUGGCGAAUAAAGAUAGGAAUAAUACUACUACGUCUACAUUGGUGUCGGAUUCUACAAGUUCAAGCAUUUCUGAGGUUUGUCACGAGGAUUUCAAGCCUAAAGUCGGGACAUCCCCGGUAAAAUCUGAGGCUGCUGGAUGUUCUUGCCAGAUUGUUGACAACCAGCACCUAGUAGGGUUAGAUAAUUUUAGUACGACGUCAAGUAGCAUGGUCAAAGAGGAAUUACCGGAUGAAGCUCCAAGGGAGGAAGUAAAGGAUGAAGAAACUACAAUGGAGGCAGUAAAGAAUGAAGCUGAAAUUAAAGAAGUCGGGAAGGAAUCCCCAGUUUCAUUGUAUAUAUCGAUGGACGAGAUGUUUGAUAUGGAGAAACUGCUUUGUGAAUUGGACUGUCCUUACAAUGCCGGAGCCAGUCAGGAUAUCGACCAAAAUGCUAAUACUCCUCUAGAGCAACAGACAAAUUCUGGAAACGAACUUAGCUUGGGCUUAUUGACCACAGAUGAGCAGGAAGAUUACAAUACCUUCUUUAACGAUCUCCUAAUGAAUUUGGAAUCAAACUUGGCAGUAGAAGCCGGUGAAUCUCAGUUGGAUUUGGGUUUGAACAAUGACGAUCGUAAGUCUGGUUAAGACCGGAGCUCUCUUGUAGAAACAAAGAAAUGGAAAAUCGGUAAAUCGGUGCAUAGGAUGUUUAUGUAAUUCUUUUUGUACAGGACACUUCUUUUCUCUUUGGUUCCUUUGGUUUGGGAUAUAACCAAAAGCUGAUGAUACCUUGAGAGGUUUAGAUGUGAAGGACCUACUUUGGUUCUUUAAAUUACAAAUUUAGCAUCAAGGCAUUAUUGUUACUUUUUAA